AUGGCAAAAGUAGUCAUUGAUCUCUCACAAAAACGAAAUGAUGGUAAUCCUAUCACAUAUCAAGCAAGUACUUCUACCGGAACUGGUAAGCAAAUUACCGUCAAAAAAACCUCUGAACCUCCUGGAUCUAAUUUCUACAAGUACACCCAUAGAGACUCUACCGGGGAACCAUUCACACUCUUAGAAGUUAAAGAUGAUAGUAGUGCAAAGAUCCCUGUUAUAGGUAGGAUUGAAAGGGUAACCUCAGUUUCUGCCCAUUACUGGGCUAGUGAUACUAGUAAGUCACUCAUAGUAGGAGUUACCACAAAGGGUGGAACUACAUAUUAUUCCAAGGAUAAUAAUAGUAGUACUGGUUGGAUUGGACAACAUCAACUCUCUGGUGAAGCCCUUGAGACUAAACUUGACAACCUAAACUGUUUGUUCAACCGAGCAGUUGCCAUAAAUCUUACAGAAAAUGCCCAUGGAACAGGAAAUAAAUAUUGUUGUACUUACCAUAGUACCAGUACAGGAAAGAUCUCCGUUACUAGCGGAAAAGUUUCUUGUGAGAUACAUAAGAGCACAAGUUCUGUUCCCUACUUUAAACAUGAUGUUGACCAAGGAAUAUUAGUUGCUGGUAUAUACUAUAGGGAUCGUUCUAAUAAAAAGAGAAUAAAUAUUCCUAACCUCGAAAAUUCUGGAAAUAGUUCCCUCACCGUUUAUGCAUUUUACUGUAACGGUAAGAAUCCUUUAUUAAUAUACGUUGAAGGUGGAGACAAAGUUAAAGGAUGGUACCAGAAUGGUAAUGGAGAUGAAGAAUGGAAAAAUGUCUCCGGUAAACUCCAAGGCAUAACACCCAUAAAUUUCGGUAGCCUUAAAUGUAACCAAUGGAAUGAGCUCGUGACUGUACUCAAGAGUACAGGUGGAUGUAGCAGCUAUAAACCGUGCCCUGAACCUCCCAAAGCUGCUUCUCAAAAAAAUCCUGAUCCUCCUGAACCUGCUAGUCCUCAAGCUUCUGCUGAAGAAUCUACUCCUACUGCUCAAACUGCUAGUCAAACUACUGGAGAAACUGCUAAAGUUACUGGUGCUGAGCCUUUUGCUUUCGCUACUCUUGGAUAUGCCUUAUCUGGUUCUCUUGCCGGAGCUGGCGCAACAUUUUUUGGAGGAUGGAAGCUUUAUAAUCGCUAUAAGGGAGAUCAUUGGGUUAGACAGAUUUGA